CUUUGUAUUUGGAGCAUUGAUACAUGGGAAAAGAGGAAAUCAGUUCCAAUACAACUGCCUGCUGGGAAGGCUCCUAAUGGUGACACUCGAGUGCUGUUUCACUCUGAUCAGAUCCGCUUGCUGGUAUCCCAUGAAACACAGUUAGCAAUAUAUGAUGCUUCCAAGAUGGAUCGUAUUCGUCAGUGGGUCCCGCAAGAUGUCCUCCCAUCACCUAUUUCCUAUGCAGCAUACUCUUGCAACAGUCAACUAGUUUUUACUUCCUUCUGUGAUGGUAAUGUUGGGGUAUUUGAUGCAGAUAGCUUGAGACUUAGAUGCCGUAUUGGCCCAUCUGUAUACUUGCCCCCAGCAGUGUUAAAUGGAAGCCAAGCCGUGUAUCCAUAUGUUGUUGCAGCGCACCCGCAGGAGCCCAACCAAUUUGCUAUUGGGUUGACAGAUGGGUCUGUUAAAGUUAUGGAACCCUUGGAAUCAGAGGGCAAGUGGGGACUUGCUCCACCUGUUGAUAACGGGAUGCUAAAUGGUAGGCCAGCAUCGUCGUCCACCACAAGCAAUCACACACCCGAUCAGGUUCAACGGUGAAAUUUCUUGUAUUUAAGAUCUGCAUACCAUACCCACCUGUAUUUUACCAUUGUAGAUUUUAGGUUAGUCCUCCCUCGUGUCCCCUUAUCAAAUGUAUGACUUGGAGUUGGUGUUUAGUUAGGUAAAGUAUUGCAUGCUUUAGUUAGGUCGACUAAUAUUAAUUGUUUCUUUCAGCACCCUUUGUUUUUAAAAUCAGUUUGUAUGUAAAUUUUUUCCCUCCCUUCAGGUGAAUGCCUGUUUUGGGAGUGACAUUUUAACAUUGCUUUAGUUUUUCUGUGAUAAUGGUGGAGAAGAAAUGAUACUAUGAAAGAACUUCAUCAUGA